AUGCACGUCUUUCUCUGGCUUGCGCUGAUUGGUUCAGGCCAUCUGGCGCGAGCACAACAGAUCGUCUUCAGUGCGUCUUAUGAUGCGCCGAUACCGUCGACGCGGCCAGUGAGGAUACUGCGACACGAAGCAUUGGCUGAUCACCGCGUGAGACUCGUCGAACCACAGCUGACUUGCGACUUCACCCAGAAGCGUUACUCGGGCUACCUCGAUGCUCCUUCACCUACAACGGGCGAUGACGAGGGCAGACAUCUCUUCUUUACCCUGUACGAAAGUCGCAACGAUCCGUCCAAUGAUCCCGUCCUACUCCUCCUGAAUGGCGGCCCUGCUUGCUCGACCUUUACGUACAACUUGCAAGAAGUCGGGCCUUGUCUGCUGCACAAGAAUGACGCCGGUGCUUUCGCGCUCAAGUACAACCCAUACUCGUGGUCGAACAAUGCAACGACGAUCAUGCUAGAUCAGCCCGUCGGGACCGGUUUCAGCUAUGCCGACUCGGGUGAUCGCGGUGUCUGGUCAACACCUGAUGCCGCCAGAGACGUCCACGCCUUUGUGAAAAUCAUCAUGCAAGCUAUGCCGCAUCUUGUCAAUUCACACGGUAUUCACAUGAUCGGCGAAUCGUACGGCGGGAGAUAUGUACCCCUGAUGGCAAAGCAUUUGCUUUCUGCUGCCGAUCCCAUCCCACUCAAGAGCAUCUCCCUGCAAAAUGGCUGGACGGAUCCGAAGAGACAGUACGAAUCUGGCUACUAUGCUUCGCUUUGCACGAACCAAUCCGCUUACGGACCGAUUCUCGAUGCGCCAAGUUGCGAAAAGAUGCUCUCAAAUCUACCACAAUGUCUCAAGCUCAUGCAGUCGUGCUAUGACCAUCAGAACAACACACUCGUAUGUAUAGCUGCCGAAGCCUACUGCGAACGCACUCAGGUCGAUCCUUUCACAAAGACCGGUCGCAAUCCCUACAAUGUCAUGCGUCAUGGCGACUAUGCCGAAGACGCCUGGAUCGAGGAGUACCUCAAUCAAGAGACAGUCAGACACGAUCUGGGCGUUGAUCACGAAGCCGGCAAAGGCGUUCGCAAAUUCAAAGGUUGCGGCUCAAAGACGUUUGCUCAGUUCACUGCCACGGGCGACGGCGCUAAGCCUUCAUACGAAGAAGUGGUCUAUACGCUGUCGCAUCAAGUCCCCGUGCUGGUCUACGCUGGCGACUACGAUCUCAUCUGCAAUGCGCUUGGCAAUGAAGCUUGGACACUGGCGCUAGACUGGCCAGGCAAAGAGGCAUACAACAGCUUACCGCUUACCGAUUGGUUCGCUUCGCCAGAUGCAAAGCAACGAGCUGGCGAGAUGCGAUCGUUUGGCAACCUCAGCUUUGCAACAGUCAACAAAGCGGGUCAUUUCGCGCCCUACGAGCAACCUGUCAACUCGCUCGCCUUGAUACAAGCAAUGACCUUGCGGGGCGCAAACGUUGGUCCGAGGAGUAAGACCGCAAGGCCGACCGAGCAGGCCGAUGACUCUUGGCCGGGACCCUAUAAGGUCCAAGGACAUGCCAUCAUCUGCUCAGCAGCCAUGGGGGGCAAAGUCAUCGUUUUGAUCACCGGCGCCAAUACUGGCAUAGGCUACGAGACGGUCAAGCAGCUCUUGACCUCUAACAAGGCCUAUCACAUUAUCGCUGCCGGUCGAUCACUAGAGAAGAUCAACACAGCAGUAGAAGAGCUCAAGAGCGGUACCCCGAAGUCUCACAGUACUCUGUCAACCGCACAGAUCGAUGUGGAGAGCGAUGAAUCGAUCGCGAAAGCAGCAGAGGCUGUCGAGCGUGAAUACGGCUACAUCGAUGUGCUCAUCAACAACGCUGGCGCACAGUUCGAUAAGGAGCUGCAAACCGGCACGAUGACGCUUCGUCAAGUCUGGAACAGGGCCUACGACAUCAACGUGACCGGCACGCACGCGAUGACAUUGGCUUUCGCGCCUCUUUUUCUCAAAUCGAAAGAAGCCCGGGUCCUCUUCAUCACUUCCGGCCUGUCGACGCUCGAGGGUGGUUCGGCCGCUUUGAAAGGUGAUCUCGGGCCGUUCAAAGUACCUGCUGGUUGGCCAAAGCCGCCCGGACCGAGUUAUAGUGCGUAUCGCUCAAGCAAGACGGGUAUGAACAUGAUGGUGCUAGAAUGGAAACGAAUUCUCAAGGAAGACGGUGUGAAGAUCUUCCUCAUCUCGCCCGGAUUUCUUGCCACUGGCUUGGGCAACAACCGCGAGGCACUCAAGAAAGCUGGAGCGGGCGAUCCGAGUGCUGGUGGUGAGAUCAUCGUCGCAACGGUCGAAGGCAAGAGAGAUGCCGAUGUGGACAAGAUUGUCAAUGCUUCGGGUACUCAGCCAUGCCCGGCAGACGGUCCAGCCACUUUUGUUGGAUCAGCAGAGACGCUCAUCAUGAUCCGCGAUGGUCACUCGCUGCGCAACAAGCAGUUCACUCGUGCGCUCUAUGAAUGCUCAACCUCCUCGCUGAUUGCUCGACCAAAGUGGACAAUGUCGCCGGGUUUCAGAGUCAUCAGACACCAGGCGUCUGCGACCAUCCUUUGCGGUGGCAUCCAUGCCAGCCGUCCUCGUAUCUGCCCUACCGCCGUCCACGAAGAACCGUGCGAAACCCCUCUGCGCGUUAUGACCGCGCUGCAGAUCGAGCCCGCCGCCUUGCCCUCGGUUCUUGUGUAUCGACCAAUCUUCUCGGCAUUCGGCGUUUGCUCCAUCCUCGACGAAGGAGAGCUCAGACCGCCCGCAUGCCAGAGCUAUAUUCUGGACGAAACCUUUACAAUUACCAUCGUCGGGCGCUGGACGCCGAAUCUGUACGUCGACCCGUCGCAAGUCUUGUUCGAUAGGAUCCGAGCAUUCGUCAAGCUGAAGCAAGUCGUACGCGGCAUGAGACCUCAAGACACUUUCCUCAUCUUUGGCAUCCGGUAUGAACUGCCCGGCACAACCCAGACAAGCUGGAUGUACGAUGAUCAGCAUUGCUGUGCUUUGACCAGCAGCAUCAGACUGCUUCUCGGAGGAUUCGUGCCGCAGGCGAGCUAUCAGACCAUCGAAGCGGAUGCUGCGCUAGCUGCAGCUUGUCGACCGCAUGCCCGUUCGCGCUGGGAUGGGGCAUGUGCACAGGAUUACAAGCGACCUCAUACGUAUCCUUGCGAGCGUGUCAGCCGAACGAUGCGCGUCGAGAUGGACCCUAGACAGCACAGUCCCCAGGCAUCUUUCAGCCCUUGCGCAUCCCUUUCAUCGAUGCACAACUUCCUUUACUGGCUCGGCUUGCUCUGCUUUGGGUUGCUCGAGCGCGGACAACAAGCGACCGGACAGGUCGAGGACCUCUUGACGUGCUCUUCAGACAAGGGCCAAGGUGGAACAGCCAGAUAUGAUGGCGCCCUCGAAAUACUGCUGAUCGUCAAAGACAAAGUCAGCAUGAAGUUCCUCGCGCUCCUUUCAAAGCCUGUCGUUGCGGGCGACCUGCCGAGCGUGCAAAUCUAUAGUCCCGAGUUCACAGGCGCAGGCUCUUGUAUGGCACCGAGAGUAGGAGAGCCUCGCCCAGUUCAUCUGCCUUCGAUGAUCGAUACAGUGAACGGUCUCUUAGCGAUCACAGCGCGAGGCAGUCCGUCAAUGCUCAAUUACAUGAAACCUGACUUCUUUAUCCUCCAUAACGCGGCAAAGAUGCAGCUAGAGUUGCGCGGCUUCUCUGAUUCCGCAAUGACGUUUCUCGCGCGAUUUCGACAAUACGGGACUGAGCAGAGCUGGACGGACGAGGAGAUGAAGGCUUGCUGCACAGUCUUCAGCGAGAUGAUCCUCAAGCUCGGCGUAUCCGUGCAGAUGUUUCAAUGGCAGGACACUUUGCCAGACGGCAUCAUAUUGACCGCAUGCUUUCCUAAUCCUGCAGGACCCCGUAACAAAGCUUGCAAGCCCACGGCAGCGUUUCGGCCGCCUGCCCGUUACCCUUGUUUGCAUCCUCAUCGGCUCUUCGAGAUGCGCACUCCUCCCACUAUCGCAAGUAGCUGA